AUGAACAGGCUAAUCAGGUCGCUGGGAUUUGGAGCAUCCAGGCAGAGUGAUGCUCCGAAAAAAAAUAACAAUGAGCGGUUUUCGCGCUCGCUAAAGGGAAAGGCCAUUUUCGUGAUGGGGAAACGCGAUGACUACGAGCUGAUCAGAGCCGCAGUAAGAACUUUGGGUGGGAAAAUGGUGAAUUCCUCGGAGAAUGAUAUUUUUCCAGACACUGACGUUCUAGAAAAUGAUGAGUUGCUCCUUUUUGCAGAUUCGAAGGAUGAAUUUUCAAGUGCACACGAUGGCUAUGAUGUGUAUAGCACUAGCUUCUUGUUUGAUUCGCUGAAAUCCAGAGGUCGCACACCGUUGGAAAGUUACAAGUUUGUUCCUCCCAACGAGACACAUGCACAUUUCAAGACAGACAGGACUGCGAAAGCCGCUAUCAGCAGUUUGGCUCCUUUGGCAAGGAAGAGAAAGGAACCUCCAGUUUCUGCCCCAGAGGCAGAAGCUGAUAACGUGGAGUCGAAACGCGUGAAGCCGAAAAGAGCAUAUGUGCCGUUCACCAAGGCGGAUGAUGUGAUCAUACUGGAUAUGAUCAGACUCAGGCCGGACAAGUGCAAGUCCAAGAGCUACUACAAGGAGAUCGCCGAGGCGCUUUUGAUACAUAAUGGGACAGAACAUUCAUCUUCGUCUAUUCGUACGCGAUUUCGAUAUACUCUUGCCAGAGACCUCGAGUGGGUGUACCAGUUAGACCCUGCAACUGGAACUAUCAGACAUGACAUACAUGGAGAGUUAUUGAAGGAGAUUGUUGGUGAUUCGUUUUGGGAGAGCAAGCUGCGGUUUACGGCCGAAGACGACUACACGUUGAGUGUGGAGAUUUUAGAAGCAACUGAGGGUGAUGAGCAGGUUAAUUCGACGACUUUUUUUGAACUGUUCGCGCAAAAAUAUUCGUCGCACAAGCCUGAGGCAUGGAGGAACAGAUGGCUGAAGUUCGUAAGUCCAUAUGGAGCGCAAAAGUACAAGGACUUCUACGAGUACACCCAGAGUAUCGGUAAGACGCCUAUGGCUCUGGGAAUAAGGCCAUUGCAGCUAGCUGAUCCGAAGAACUGUAUUCGACUCCACCCUCAUGAUUAUAAUGCUCCUGCUCUUGAGGAGGGCCAUUCGACUUACAGGGAUGGUGCCCCCGAUUUAGAUGAAGCGGACGACGCUGAGACCGAGGAGGCCAAGAGUUUAUUAAGUGUCAUGACCGAGCAUGCAUCUGCCAGCCAAUUACAUGUUCAAGACGAAGAAGAUAACAACGAGCCCAUAUCUCUUGCUGAGAAACCAGUACCCAAAAGUGUACAGUUCGCUAUAGAGCCAUUAUUGAACAGUCACGAGCCCGAAGUUAGCAAUGACGACGCGAAUGAAACCGAGGGCGAAGGUGGCUCGUUUUCAAAAUUGGCAUCACAACCAUAUACCCAGACCCAGCUACCUCUUGGCGAAACUUUCACACCUCCAAUUGCGCCGCAGGUCAUGGAGAACUUCACGGAGGAAGAGUACGUUGCAAAGGUAAGGACAAUAACAAAGAAACUAGGCAAAAAUCCAAAGAAACUUAUUGCUGGUCUCAAGGAAUUAGGGAUGGAUGGUGUCUGGGCAGAAAGCAUGUUAGUAUCAUGCAGUGCUGAUCCCGUUGCGUUUGGCAAUUGCGUCUCGUUCUUUUUUCAACACGAUGAAGCUAUACCUACGGGUGUAAGGGGCUAUUGGUCUGCAGACGAAGAUAUGUGUCUGAUGCUUGGGCAGAAGUUGGCCUUCCUUGAAGAAGUUCAUGGAAAAGAGUAUGUGGAAAUGCGCAGGAAAUUUCUUCGGAUGCUUGGUGAGGAUGUUGUCAAGCCUACCAGGUCGGGAAGGUCCAAGAGUUGA